AUGAACAAUACCAGAAGAGACCGAAAGUAUGAGCGAGCGCGGAGUAACCAGACUCGCUGCAAAACGCCCUACACCACCGAAACGGACAUGACCAUCUCAUCAUUGGCAAUCUCGCAUGCAGAGAAUAACGACAACAGGCCUUUGGCGUUUACUGGGGUGGCAGGCGCUUUCAUCAACCAAAUCAAUGAUAGACUAGGGUACACCGCUCCGGUGAAUAGCACCAUCUAUAAAACGCCCGUAGGAACUGUGCAGUAUGGAAAGAAAGGCGUGCUUCCUCAUUACUGGCCUCGGGUUGGUAACGUUAGGGGAAAGGGGGGUACAGACGGCCUCAUCAACAUGGGGGAUUCGUUACUCAAGUCCUCCAUUGUCACCAAUGUCCUAGACACGUCGUCCUCCUCUCUGAAGAUGAUGGUGGAUUAUGGGGAAAACAUUGUGACAGAUAUGGCCGAUCAGGACGAUAUGUACCACGCAAGAGGGGAUAUGGGCCGGCCUGACUAUCUUACGGUUGUUCAGGCUCAACACACGAAUGCAGGUGGCUCUCUGCGGAACUCUAUGGUCUCGGGAAUUAGUUUAAACGGCUCUAGCCUGGGGUCGUCGAUGGGGAGCCGGCGAUUCGGUACCUCUUAUCCCGUCGGUCUUAAUAUCCUCCAAGCGCAGUCGGCAUCUAUGCGCACAAGUUCUAGAGCAUCUUCCAGAGGUUCCACUGCGUCUGGCAACGCAGUUCAGUCUUUUCAAAGCUACAAUAAUGAAACAGACCUUGUACGUUUGAAGGACGUAAUGAAGGGAAUAGAUUACAUAUGUCAGAUAAUAUCCAAAGAAACAUACUCUCUCGAAACACAGUACCUUGCCUGCUCUCUAUUUCACCGCUUCCUAUCUAUAUGUCAGAUCAAGAAAACAGAGAUACGCCUGCUAUCUGGCGUGUGUAUAUUUAUAGCAACUAAAUUUGAAGAGAACUAUGGCGAGGCUCUUGGCAGCACGGCUAUUUGUGCGUAUUUUGCAAAUACGUUCACUAUAGCGGAGCUGCGUGCAGCAGAACUGCGCUUUUUAGAACUCAUAGAUUGGAAAAUAGGUGUUAGCUCACUGAAUCCGCGUGCAUACUUACGGCCCAUCUUCAGAGACCUUGGUCUCACCCCUGUCGUUUGUCUUCUAGCUAGUUAUCUUUCUGAGCUCACGCUCUUGGAUCCGCGAUUCCUGCGCUACCGCAAUUUUGAAAUAGCAAUGGCAAGCGUUGAGCUGGCCGUUCUCAGCGAGUACUCGAAUCCCCUGCAGGUCAGUAGGUUCUUACGGCCCAACCAGGAUCUUUCCAAUGCACUGGGCCGGAUGUUCUUCAGCCUAACAAGCUCUUCACAAUACACUACUGGGCCCAUGAGUACCUCACGCUCAUCAAGGUCUGCUUCGCGGCAGCUGGCAUGCAGGGAUGACCUCCUAAAUGCCUGGAAGGAUUCAUACAAAGGAUUGCAUACUACUCAGAUUUACAAGAAGUACUCCGAACGAUCGUACUAUAGCGUGUCUGAAAAAAUAGUCCCGUUUGACAAUGUAAGUAGCUUGAUCGACCAGAUCGCUAAAAAGCUUGACGAAUCUUCUAAAAAUAACAGAUAUGAUGGUUGA